GUGACCGGCGGACUUGGAGGAGUCGGCGCACCUGUCGUCGAUUCAAUACUCGAAUCAGGCGGAGAUGUAGUUUGUCUAGACCUGCCUCCUAACCCAGACAAUCUCACCCGAUUCCAGACCAUAGCCUCCAAGCAUGGGACUCAGCUCUUCUACUAUUCCCUAAACGUGACGGACGAGAAUCAAGUCUCGUCUGUAAUUAAUGAAGCGGUUUCCAAGCUCCGGUACCCAUUGAGGGGAGUGGUGACCGCGGCUGGAAUAUCGGGAGACGUUGAUGCCGUUGAUUAUCCUGUCGAGAAAUUCAGGAAAAUAAUGGAUGUCAAUGUUCUGGGUACUUUUUUGGUGGUUAGGGCUGCUACGAGAGUAAUGCAGAAGGAGAAAGUGGCAGGGAGUGUGGUGUUGAUUGCGAGUAUCAGUGGGAGUAUUGCGAAUAAGGGAGUCAAUACAGCUGCAUACAACGCCUCAAAAUCUGCUGUGCUACAGCUUGCUCGUUCACUGGCAAUGGAAUGGGCGAAUUCACCAAAUCAUCCUCCUAUUCGUGUCAAUUCUCUAAGUCCUGGGCACAUUUAUACACCACUUUCCGCUGUAUCUAUCGCAGAUGAACAGACGAAGAAAACGUGGACGGAUAUGAUUAUGAUGGGGAGGAUAAGUUACCCGGAGGAGUAUAGAGCUCCUAUUUUAUUCUUGCUGGGUGAUGGGAGUACUUUCAUGACGGGGGCUGAUCUGAGAGUUGAUGGCGGGCAUUGUGCUUGGUGA